AUGUCUACUGAAGACAAGGUGCGUGUGUCUGGCGAAACGCCUCGCAACGGCAACGUUUCGCCAGUCCUCCCAACCGUCAACCCUGCCUCGGAGAAGCCUCAGCCUGCCAGCGGGGGCAUUCACCCGGCUCUCUAUGUCGUCAUCUGGAUUGGCUUCUCCUCCUCCGUCAUCCUCUUCAACAAGUGGAUUCUAGACACCCUCAAGUUCCGCUACCCCGUUAUCCUCACUACGUACCACUUGGUCUUUGCCACCAUUGUCACCCAGGCCCUCGCCCGUUGGACCACUGUCCUCGAUGGUCGCAAGAAGGUCAAGAUGACCGGCCGAGUCUAUCUCCGCGCUGUCGUCCCCAUUGGCCUCUUCUUCAGUCUGAGCUUGAUUUGCGGCAACCUGACCUACCUCUACCUGUCUGUUGCCUUUAUUCAGAUGCUCAAGGCCACCACCCCCGUCGCUGUCCUUCUCGCUGGCUGGUGCCUCGGCGUCUCGAGCCCCAACCUAAAGCAGUUCCUCAACGUUUCCGCCAUUGUCGUCGGCGUCAUUAUCGCUUCGUUUGGCGAAAUUGACUUUGUUCUCGUCGGCUUCCUCUUCCAGAUGGCUGGUAUUCUGUUCGAGGCUCUUCGUCUGACCAUGGUCCAGCGCCUUCUGAGCUCUGCUGACUUCAAGAUGGACCCCCUUGUUUCUCUCUACUACUUUGCUCCCGUUUGCGCUGCCAUGAACGGCCUCGUUGCUCUGUUCUGGGAGGUCCCCAAGGUCAGCAUGGCGGAGGUUUACCACGUCGGUCUCUUCACCUUUUUCCUCAACGGUCUCUGCGCCUUCAUGCUCAACGUUUCUGUUGUUUUCCUGAUUGGCAAGACUUCUGCCGUCGUCCUGACCCUCUGCGGCGUCCUAAAGGAUAUUAUGCUCGUCGUCGCCUCCAUGAUGAUCUGGGGCACUCCUGUUGCUCCCCUGCAGUUCUUUGGCUACUCGAUCGCUCUCGGUGGCAUGGUUUACUACAAGCUCGGCUACGACCAGAUCAAGGGCUAUGCUGGUGAGGCUUCGCGCCACUGGGCCGAGUUUGGUGCGCGCAAGCCUGUUCUGCGCAAGGUCAGCAUCCUGGUCAUGAUUUUCUUUACUGUUGCACUCCUCUUUGGUGGCCUUGCUCCCUCGUACGACUACAACGCUUCCAAAGCUGUCGCCGACUUCACCAACAAGAUGGGCAAGACCGAUGCCAACUAA